CACACAUGCGGAAGCAGGAUCUAGGCCGGAAACCACGGCAACGAGUGAAGUGAGCGGCGGGGACUUCAGCACCCAUUGACUUCAUAUCUUUUGGACAACGGAUAGCCAGGGUCGACGUCUUAAGCCGCAAUAACCAGGGUCAGGGCCCAAGAACCGCCUCGUCUCCUGCGGGAACAUGUCGCUGCUGCAGUCAGCACUGGAUUUCCUGGCAGGCCCGGUGUCCCUAGGCGCCACUGCCCGUGACCAGUACACCUUCGUUGGUCAGACCGUGGAGCUGGGUGACUUGAAGUUGCGAGUUAAGCGAGUGAUUGCGGAGGGUGGUUUUGCAUUUGUCUAUGAGGCUCAAGAUCUUGGUAGCGGAAAAGAGUAUGCUUUAAAGCGAUUGCUUUCAAACGAGGAAGAGAAUAAUAAAGCUAUUAUUCAGGAAAUCUGCUUUAUGAAAAAGUUAUCUGGUCAUCCCAACAUAGUCCAGUUCUGCUCUGCUGCUUCAAUAGGAAAAGAAGAGUCUGAUACUGGUCAAGGAGAAUUCCUCCUGCUUACAGAACUUUGCAAAGGGCAACUUGUAGAAUUUCUAAAGAAAAUGGAAUCCAAAGGCCCUCUCUCCUGUGAUACAGCACUGAAGAUUUUCUACCACACCUGUCGAGCAGUUCAGCAUAUGCACAAACAAAAGCCUCCCAUAAUCCACAGAGACCUCAAGGUGGAGAAUUUGCUUGUUAGUAACCAAGGAACUGUUAAAUUAUGCGAUUUCGGCAGUGCCACUACCAUCGCACAUUAUCCAGAUUACAAUUGGACAGCCCAGAAGAGAGCGAUAGUUGAAGAUGAAAUUACAAGAAACACAACACCAAUGUAUAGAACUCCUGAAAUAAUUGAUCUUUACUCAAACUUCCCAAUUGGGGAAAAACAAGAUAUUUGGGCUCUUGGCUGUAUUUUAUAUUUGUUGUGCUUCAAGCAACAUCCAUUUGAAGACGGAGCAAAACUUCGCAUUGUCAAUGGCAAAUAUUCAAUUCCACUCAAUGAUUCACAAUACACUGUUUUUCACAGCCUAAUUAACUCUAUGUUGAAAGUGAACCCAGAAGAGAGGUUGUCAAUCACUGAAGUAGUCAGCCAGCUUCAGGAAAUUGCGGCAGCCAGGAAUGUGAAUCCUAAAUCUCCUAUUACAGAGCUUCUGGAACAAAAUGGAGGAUAUGGAAAUACUGUGAAUCAAAGAGUAUCAAAUGUACUGCCACUGACUCCCAAGAUUGCUGGACCAUUAGGUACGAGUUCUGAUGAUGAACAAAUAUCUGGUGGAUUCUUUGAUAUCUUGAAAGGAGGAACUGAACGAUUCUUAAGUAACAUUAAGGAUACUUCAUCAAAAGUCAUCCAAUCAAUGACCAAUAUUGCAAAAGGAGAUUUGGAUUUAUCAUACAUCACUUCAAGAAUAGCUGUGAUGUCCUUUCCAGCUGAAGGUGUGGAAUCUGCUCUUAAAAACAACAUUGAAGAUGUUCGCCUUUUUUUAGACUCUAAGCAUCCAGGAAGUUAUGCUGUCUAUAAUUUAUGUUUAAAGAAAUACCACCAUGCACGUUUCCACAGCCGGGUGUCAGAGUGCGGCUGGCAAGGAAGGCGUGCUCCCAAUCUAAUGAACUUGUACAGCAUCUGCAAAAAUAUGCACAUUUGGUUGAAACAAGAUCAGAAAAACGUCUGCAUUGUACAUUGCCUGGAUGGAAGAGUUGCAUCUGCUGUAGUAGUUUGUUCUUUUCUAUGUUUCUGCCGCCUGUUUACCACUGCUGAAGCUGCUGUUUAUAUGUUUAGCAUGAAACGUUGCCCACCUGGUAUAUGGUCUUCUCAUAAAAGGUACAUUGAAUACAUGUGUGAUAUGAUGGCUGAGGAACCCAUCAUCCCUCACAGCAAGCCUAUCCUUAUCAAGUCAAUCUGCAUGACCCCUGUGCCUCUCUUCAGCAAACUACGCAAUGGCUGCAAGCCUUUCUGUGAAGUUUAUGUAGGGGAUGAGAGGGUUGCAACAACUUCACAAGAGUAUGACAAAAUGAAAGAUUUUAAAAUUGAGGAUCUGAAAGCUGAAAUUCCCCUGGAUGUGACUGUGCAGGGAGAUGUCCUGAUUGUGAUCUACCACGCAAGGUCUACAUUGGGUGGCAGGUUGCAAGCAAAGAUGACUUCCAUGAAGAUGUUCCAAAUUCAGUUUCACACCGGGUUUGUUCCUCGAAAUGCUACAACUGUGAAAUUUGCAAAAUACGAUCUUGAUGCAUGUGAUAUUCAAGAAAAAUACCCUGAUCUCUUUCAAGUAAACCUGGAAGUUGAAGUGUCUCCUCGAGAUAAACCACUUAAUAUCACUCCACCAUGGGAAAACAUUAAUACAAAAAGAUUAACGCCCAAAAUACUAUUUACCAGCCGAGAGGAACAGCAGGAAAUCCUCUCUAAAUUUGGCAAACCUGAAUUACCUAGACAACCAGGAUCAACUGCUCAGUAUGAAGCAGAAUUGUCUAAAGAAGACAAGUCUCCUGAUCUGCCAGUUUCUGAUGCACUCCAGAAUAACUUUUUUGAAACGCUUGACUGGCAAGAUCAAAUAGAAAGGAAAGAAAUAGAUUGUGGAGUUCAGGAAUAUCCACCUAGAGAUUGUGUCAAUGAAGACACAAGUGACACAAAAAGUGAACCAUCAGAUGAAGAGCUUUACACGUUUUCUCCAGAGCACAUUUCAGAAGAAUCUACAGACGUAGGAACGUAUGUCAAUACAAGAGAUUCAGAUGUUAAAGAUGUUUGGAUUGAGGAAGAUACAAACUCCUGGUCAACAGAACCUUCAAAUCAUCCAGUUGAUGAUGAAGCAGAUUUGCUUGGACUUAACUCGGCAUCAGUAGCGUUGGACUCCAGUUCUUCAGCCACAAGUAUAAGAAAUUCCGCAAGUAAUGCAGUUUUGCUAGACAAUUUAUUUGAUGAUAAUUUAUUGUCCGAAAAAUUGACAACUGACUUACUUCUAGGAGUCGAUGAUGAAAACCUAUUUUUCAAUAGACAUGAUCCAACUUCAUUAGGAUUAUCAAGUACCUCCUUUGAUGUUAAAAUCAACUCUUCUGAUAUAUUCGACCCAUUUGCAACCACUGUAUCAGGAAAUAGGUCUGGUGGCCUUGAUCUGUUUGAAAGUCUUAUCAGUUCACAUUCUGCAUCCACUCCCAGUGUAUAUCCCUCAGAACAAACUGCUGCACCAGCUACCUCCAACAUGGACUUCUUGAAUUUAGCUAAUUUACCCACUCCACCAGUAAAAAUGGUUUCGUCGGUAAGCAAUCCAGAUCUUUUGAGUGAAUGGAAUUCAUGGGAAGACUCUUCUGGGAAUCUUUCCCUUUCACAAACUAGAAAAACAGUUGUUCAAGGUCCAGCUUUUGCUUCUGCAAACCAUUUAAGUACAUCUUCAAGCUCUUCAUUUAACCAUGUAAAGUCUUCAAGUUGUGAUCCAUUUGCUGAACUUGAUAAUCUCAAUUAUUCUAAACAAGAUCUGUCAUCUCAAAAAAUGCAGCCUUCUCAAUCUACUGAAAAUCCUUCUCUAAAAGGCAAUGAAUGGCAAGCCCAAACAAGUGGUGCCCCGUGGCAGUCCCAAUCUAAAGCCGGAUUUUCCUCAAAGCCAAACUAUUCUGUAAAUUUCAGUGUUAUUGGCAGGAGGGAAGAAAGAGGCAUCAGGCCUCCAGGUUUUGGACCAAAACCAAAGGUUACCGAGAGUGAUUUUGGCGACCUUUUGUCUAACCAAGGAUUUUCCACAAAAUCUGAUAAGAAAGGACCAAGAACAAUUGCUGACAUGAGAAGGCAAGAACUUACCAAGGAUAUUGAUCCCCUAAAAUUAAAAAUUUUAGAUUGGAUUGAAGGAAAAGAGAGAAAUAUCAGAGCGCUGAUAUCAACAUUGCACACUGUCCUGUGGGAAGGUGAAACAAAAUGGAAAUCGGUCAACAUGGCUGAGUUGGUUACCCCGGAGCAAGUUAAAAAGUACUAUAGGAAAGCUGUGCUUGUAGUCCAUCCAGAUAAGGCAACGGGACAGUCUUAUGAACAGUAUGCCAAAAUGAUUUUCAUGGAAUUGAAUGACGCCUGGUCAGAAUUUGAAAACCAAGGAUCAAGAUCCCUUUUUUAAAGUACCUGCUCGAUAGCUCUGCUUCCUUAGUGUAACUGAUUGUUUUGGGAUUUUUUUGUUUGUUUUUUCUUAUUUCUUGCUUUUAAUCAAUUCUUUAAAUAACCAUGCAUUAGUACAAAAAAAGGUCCUAAAAGCCUAUUUCCAUAAGUACAGGCUUAUAUUUCACUUUGUUUUGUACAUUCACUCUGAAUAAUGUGCUUAUGGCAUUGCCCAUGUUCUUUAUUCAAAUUGAAAACUGCAUGAGGUGUUUAGUGCAGUGUACGUAUCAGAACGGUAACUCUGCUGCAUUUGAUUAUGGAUCUUGAUUUGUCUAACACUUUUUGUUUCCUUAAGAUUAGAUAGGUGUAAAUUUCUAUUUGAGUAAAUGUAUAAUCAUUCCUAUUGCAUUGUGUAUAUAAUAAAAAA